GAAGUGGGCCAUUGCCCACGGCCUCGCACCUCAAAGGGCCUCGCGUUUCAUAGGGACUUAUAAUUAACCAUAGAAAAAUAUGGGAGAAGUAUCUAUACAAAAAUUUUUGUAUCCAUGAAAUUAUUUUAUUAAAAAAAAAAUCAUAAGCAUAAAUGUUAUAUUUCGUCAUAUUUAGUCAUUACUAAAAGUACCAGAUCACACUAUGCGUUUUGUCGGUUGCCGAUCGGCAAACGACCGCGACUAUUCUAUAAUUAACAUAUAAACCGCGUUAUCGGGGCCAGACUGACCGAUUCGGCGAACCGAUUUUAUCUAAACUCGAUAACGUAAUUUCAUUUUGACAGUUGUUGUUAGUUCAAUUGGUUGUGUUUUAUCCUCGUUUCUGUAUCGAUCGAUUACCGAAAAUUAUAUUCAAUUUAAUAAUAUUUAACGAAGCAAAAAUCAUACCACACGUACCUAAGUUGUAUCAUGUCUGGAUCUAGUAGAGACAGAGAUACUGGUCGGAAAUGGGAAUCUGGUGCUUCCAAAAGAAAGAGAAAAGCUGAAAUGAUGCAAGUGAACCAAGCUAUGAGUACUAGUACAGUUCUUCAAGAAGGUGAAAAGAGCGACAUUCAAUCAUUUGAAUUAUACGAAGAAUUACAACUCAUAAUUUCAAGUCUACCAGACUUUAUUAAGGAUGCAAAACAACUCAUCAAAUACAUAAUAGAAAAUAAUUUACAAGAAAUAUAUCCAAAUGUUUAUAUAACAGUCAGAAUUAUGCUCACUAUUCCUGUCAGUACAGCUUCAGCAGAGAGAAGUUUUUCGAAGCUUAAAAUAAUUAAAAAUUACCUACGAAAUACGAUGACACAAGAAAGACUCUCAGCAUUAGCAGUUUUGUCCAUUGAAACGAAAAUUGCAAAUAAUUUAAAUUACGAAGAUAUACUUAAAACAUUUAGUGAAGCAAAAAGCCGAAAAGUCCAUUUCUUGUAAAUAAAAAAAAUGAAACUUCUAACAGUAUUAUUAAUUUAAAAAAAUAUGUAUUUAAUUUUAUAAUUAUGUUUAAAUAAAAUUAUAUUGACUACUUUGCAAAUAAAAGGUUAAUAAUUAGAGUUUAUUGUUUUAAAAAAUUGUAAAUCUUAAUAUUUAUUAAAUAACUAUUGUUACUUAAAUGUUUAUUAAAAAAAUUUUAAAAAAGGGCCUCUUUAAGUCUACUUCGCCCACAUAUUAAUUUUACCUCGCGCCGCCACUG